CGCCGCAACGGUUUUGUGAUUCAAAAAAUCGUCCCAACCAAGCUCCCUCGUCCAACCCAACCCAGUCACCCAACAGCUCCGAACGACAGCCAGAACAAUUUCCACGGUUCCAUUCAAGCCCCUUUCCACAGUUGCAGUCUGCUACAGUCAAGCUGUUUUCCCUCCGAGCUGCACGCCCCGCUCUCCGAAGCGUGUCUCCGCUGCGCCAACACCCUUCUUCCCGGUCUCUCGUCUCGCUGUUCAGCCCCCGCAUCAUGGCCGCCCUCGACGCCCAAACCUACACCCCGGCCGAGGAGACCGAGAUUCAGCAAUGGGUCGCCAAGGCCGAGACUCUCAAGUCGAACCCCGAUAACCAGUCGGCCGUCCUCGACGCCCUCAACGCCAGCCUGUCGACGCGCAGCACCGUGCUGGGGACCAAGCCUAGCAAGGCCGACAUCGCCAUCUACGAGGCCGUCGCGCCGCUCGUCAAGGCCUGGUCGCCCGAGGAGCGCACCGGCCAGCAGGGCCGCCCCAACAUCGUGCGCCACGUCGACUUUGUGCAGAACAGCCCGCUGUUCGGCCUCGACGUCGCCGACAAGGUCGCCAUCAAUGCCGACGAGGUGCUCUACGUCAAGCCGCCCGUCGACGCCAAGGCCGAGAAGGAGCGCCUGAAGAAGGAGAAGGCCGCUGCCGCUGCCGCCGUUAGCGGUGCCGCUGCCACCGCCACCGGCGAGGUAAAGACGCUCGUCGACCGGACGAAGCAGGCGGCUGUCGAAGUGAAGGACAAGGUUGUGGAGGCUGUCACGGACGCUGCCAGCGCCGCCGGUUCCGCCGUCUCGGCAGGCGUUGCCGCUGCCACAUCCACCGCCGCCCCCGAGGGCAAGCAACAGAAGCCGAAGAAGGAGAAGAAGGAGAAGGCGCCAAAGCAGCCCGCGCCGCCCCCGGCGCCGGCGGUGGUAUCGCCCUGCCUGAUCGACCUGCGCGUGGGCCACAUCCUGAAGGCGAUCAAGCACCCGGAAGCCGACUCGCUGUACGUGUCGACGAUCGCGAUGGGCGACAAGCCCGGCACGGAAGACACGUCCGAGCACGAGGGCCAGGUGGUGCGGACCGUGUGCUCGGGGCUCAACGGGCUGGUGCCGCUCGAGGAGAUGCAGGGCCGCAAGGUGGUGGUGGUGUGCAACCUCAAGCCGGUCAAAAUGCGCGGCAUCAAGUCGUCGGCUAUGGUGCUGGCGGCGUCGCCGCGCAUCAAGGAGGGCGAGGUCGACGACCACAAGGGCCCCGUCGAGCUCGUCACCCCCCCCGCCGACGCAAAGGCCGGCGAGCGCGUCUACUUUGAGGGCUGGCAGGGCGAGCCCGAGAAGGUCCUCAACCCCAAGAAAAAGGUCUGGGAGACCUUCCAGCCAGGCUUCACCACCACCGACAAGCUCGAGGUCGCCUUUGACGCUGGCGUCGUGAAGGAGCUCGAGGGCAAGGACAGCCUCGGGAAGCUCGUGACAGCGAGCGGCGGCGUCUGUACAGUAAAGAGCUUGUCGGGCGCCCAGCCGCGGCCGCCGGUUGUCGAACUAGAACUAGUGGUAGUCGUGGACGUUGCCGUGCGCGUAGUUGUGGUCGUCGUCUUAGUCAUCGAGUUUGUGGACGGGGACGUGGUGGUUGACGUCGUGCUGCGGGUAGUCGUAGUAGUUCUGGUUGUUGGGCCAGUGGUCGUCGUCGUCCUGGUUGUCGGGAGAGUAGAUGCGGUUGUGCUCGUGGAACGCGACGCUGUAUUCGACGUCGACGACGUCGUGGGCCGGGUCACCACGAUCGUGGUACGCAACGUUGUGGUCGACGCCGUGGCGCGGAAUGCCACCGUCGUGGCUGUCGACUUCGACAGGGUGACUAGAGUCAACGUGGUUGCGCGCGUCAGGCUAGCAACGAAGACGGUUGUUCGGCUGGCUGCGUUCGCUGUGCGGAAGGUCGCGAGGGAUGUGGAUGUUGAUGCCGGGCACCCCGUCGUCACCGUGGCUGUGGACGUGGGGAUGACGCACGUGGUCACGCACCCGGGACAAGGCUUGGUCAGGUACAAGGUUGGCGUGACGGGGCAGCAAGCAUUGCUGGUCAGAGUCGGCUGUAUAGUGUCGUGA